AAUGGAUUUUGCAGGAUGCAUUGUUAAAGAGCAAUGAAGUCUUCGAAACAUUUAAACAAGAGAUUGAGAAGAUGGCAAAAUCCAUCAAGGAUCUCAAGAAGGAAAAUGUAUUCUUGAAGAGUAAAUGCGAGAAAUCAGAUUUUACUCUCAUCGAGCUUGUGGAAGAGCGUGAGAAAACAAAGAAACAAUUGGAGAAAAUAAAGAAUCAAAAGGAAAAGCUCGAGUCAUUAUGCCGAACACUUCAGGCGGAGAGGAAGCAGAGCUCAAUGGGGAGCAACAGCUCUGAUUCAGUCCCAGCUUGAGCAUAAGGAACAGAUUCAACCAACCCUGAGUCUUCCAACAAAACCACCGCACUCUCAUCUUAAGUUACAUGCCUACAUUUUCUACUUGUCACAGAGAAAUUUUAGAAGAUGAGAGGGCUCCGCUCAUUAUUGCAUUAUGGAGAAUUUCCCUUGGAUUUGUUUGACAAUAAUGUUGACUUCCCUUAAUUUUUUCAUGAUUAAGUGGCGAACUGCUAUUUUUCUG